AUGUCGCAACAAUCAGCCUUUCCACCGGGCUCCCCAGGGGCAAAGCCCAUGAGUCCCCCACCUGGCCCACCCUACCCUCCUCCUAUCGCAGCUAUGGGAGGUCGGCCGUCAAUCACAGCAGAUGUUCCCAUCACUGCAGUUUUUCUCGCGAUCUUUGUAACCGGCGCAGUGUGCCACAUGACCCGAUUUCGAAUAAAUAUGGCACGCGGCCAUAAAUUCAUCCCCUCAGCCGUUACAUUCGGUUUCUGCAUGGCCAGAAUCACCGCCUGCGUUCUCCGAAUCGUAUGGGCGAAUCGCCUCACCAACGCGCAGAUCGCAAUCGCCGCGCAGGUCUUCAUCGCCGCCGGUGUUAUCCUCCUUUUUAUCCUCAACCUCCUCUACACACAGCGCAUCUUCCGCGCCACCCAUCCGCGGAUAGGCUGGUCACGAGCUUUCUCCUAUGCCUUCAAGGCGCUUUAUGUCCUGAUCGUCUUGACCCUCAUCAUGGUUAUCACUGCCGCGGUCCAAAGCUUUUACACCCUAGACAAGGACAUUCUAUUGAUCGACCGCAAUCUCCGGUGGUGGGGCAUGUCCUAUUUCACCUUCUUCUCUUUCCUCCCAAUCCCAUUGCUCGCCUUCAUCGUGCUAGCCCCGCGCCGCGAACCAACCGAGCAGUUCGGACAAGGGAGUCUCAGGGCAAAAAUCCUCGUUGCUGGUACCGCCUCCGUGUUGCUCUGCCUCGGGGCGUCAUUCCGUGCUGGAACGUCCUUCAUGCCUCCACGCAUGGCCAACAACCCAGCGUGGUAUCACCACAAGGCGUGCUUUUACAUCUUCAAUUUCGGUAUCGAAGCGACGGUGGUGUUUCUCUAUUUCUUUUCGCGGGUGGAUUUGAGAUUCCACGUUCCCAACGGCAGCUCGAAGGUGCGAACUUACACGGUCAAAAAUACCAAUAAUAACGAAAAGGAUGACAGCUCGGCUAUAAAUGAUACUGAAGCUGCAGUGUCUGCCGAGCCCGCUUCCUGA